CCCACGUCCCACAGCUCCUGCUGAGUGCCCGCUGCAGCUCCAUCCUGGACCAUCAGCUGGCGGAGAAGCGGCAGAUGCAGGCGGAGCAGCGGGCGGAGGAGCAGCGCCUGCAGCGGCUCAUGGACAGCGAGCAGGAGAAGGAGCUGCAGCUGCAGGACGAGCUGGAGCGCUGCAGGAAGCAGGAGCUCAUCAGCACCAAGCUGGAGGUGCUCCAGCAGAUAGAGCAGAGGCAGGAGCAGCGGGCGCUGAGGGCCGAGCAGAAAUUCCAGGAGGGCCAGAGGUUCAUGGAGCGCCUGGAGCAGAUGAAGAGGGAGGAUCGCGAGGCCUGGCAGCAGCAGCAGCAGCGCAAGCGGCAGCUCCUGGCCGAGAUGAAGGCGGUGGACGCGGAGAACCAGCGGCUGCGACAGCGCGACAGGGAGCGCGACAGGCGCGACGAGCUGCGGGCCCUGGAGGAGCAGCGCCAGAAGGGGGUGAGGGCGGGGCUGGCAGGGCACUGUCACCUCCCCUGGGGCACUGUCACCUCCCCCGGGGCGCUGUCACCUCCCCUGGGGCGCU